CAGGGCGAUGCCUCGAGCUACAUGUACGUCGUCCUGAACGGUCGCUUCCGUGAGGUGCACGCCUAUCCGGACGGCAGUAAGCAGGUGAUCUGUGAGGUGGGUCGUGGCGCCUUCAUCGGCUUUGUGGAGGUCUCGGGUGCUAAACCCAGAGUCAGCACCGUUAUGGCGCUCCGUGCCUAA